AUGGUGUGUGUGUUUACAGUUCCAUGUUCACUUGAAUCAAGGGCAGUGUGUUUGGAUACUGUCUCUUGCCCUUCAUCUGUUGUUAAUCCAGCACAACAUCAGACUGUUGGUGUGUCUGGUGUUGCACGCUGCUUUCCUCACUCACCCACAUUGUUGUUGCGCAAUGCAUCAGGAGAUCAACUUGCAGCAUUAAAACCUGCAACUAUACAACCUCCACCACAUGCUUACAAUGUGCAGUUCAAUGUGACUGUAACACAAAAUGGAAAUUAUACUUUUGAAAUUGAUGGACAGAACAAAGAAAGAGUUCAGCAAAUUCAAUAUCCAUAUAUUUUGUCUCCAACACCUGUGAGUAUGUCUCAGCCAAUUGUUCUUACAUCUAGUUUCAAAUCUCGACCGCUGACAUGUAUGGCUUGUUCAUAUCCUUGUGUUUCACGUAUACAAUGGAGUAGACAACAAAAGUUAGAAACAACAGCUAAUGACAUUAUGACUUCAAAUAAUCCAAACUGUGUUACGUCAAUUCUGACCGUGUCAUCACCUGCCGAACCGAUGUUUGUAAAUGAUGUUGCUGCUGGUCAGUUGAAUCGAAAUGUGAAUGAAUUCGGUAAUUUGGAGUUGGACUGUAAUCACACUGGUCGACCUCGUCCAAACAUCACGUGGAGACUAAAUGGAGCUAUUCUGCCUAACUUUAAUGGAUCAUCGACGCUAAGUCUUUCGAAUGUUGCCAUUCAAGAUGGUGGUCAUUAUAACUGCAUUGUUGUCAACGAAUUAGCUGCAAUUACAAGAGAAUAUGUAAUUACUGUUGUUGCUGCUCUUACUAUCACUAGUUCUUCGAGUCCUUCAGUCAAUAUUGCCUUUAAUACGAGAGUAGGUCUAUUUUGUAGUGCAAGACAAUAUCCUGACCAGUCACAUGUAGAAUGGACAAAUUCAUCUGGAUUAGCUGUUGCAAGUUCUGACGACUUUACUGUUAGUAGUGACGGUGCUAAUGUACUUCACUCAACAGUUAGUGUGAAUCGUGUUGGACGUUACAUUUGUUCGAUUCCCAAUACACAGGAAAACAAGCAUAUAGAAGUGAUUGCUCGUGUCUCUAUAUUAUCUACUACACAAGAUGCUAAUUUUGGUACAGAUGGUGCAAAGCUGCUUGUUUGUGUUGCAAGAGCUUACCCGAAUUAUCCAAGCAUAACAUGGAUGCCUGGGAAUGGCUCAUCUAUUUCACAAAGACAUGCUGAUGUUAGUAAUGAUCUUUCGGAUAGAAGUUAUUCUCGGCAAUCAUCAAUCACAGUAAGAACAACAGGAAAUUUUACUUGUCGUGCUGAAGCUUUAGGUGAACGUCAAGAAAGCAUCAUCUCUGUUGCUGCUGUCCGUGUUACAACUGCACCACCAGUUACCACAAGAAUCGCGUCCAUCGGAUUAAGUAAAAUUGCAUUGAAUUUGAUGCGUGUGCUUGUGGCGUUUAGUGCAUAUUUGUAGCUUCCAACGAGCCUAAUGUAUAUAGUACAACAGAAGUUUGUCAAACUAUAUGCCAAUAUUGUCCUACAUUCCAUCCACCUGCUAGUGAUUCAAGUUGCAGCAAUCUCUCAGCUGGUACCGUUACUGGAAUUAUCAUUGCUGUGUGCUUGUGCGCAAUUGUAGCAACUGCUGUACUUACCUACUCGAUUACCGCAAGAAAAUUCAAGAAGGAGAAGCCUCCUCCAUCUAACGAUUACGAAGUCAUCACGAGAGCAGCAAGUGUUGUUCCUACUGUUGGAUCUGCACCAAUCGUUUCCACCUACGAAGUUCCUGAUGAACAUCCAGCGACUGUUCAUGGGUCUGAUCACCAGCAAGAGACGCUGACUGCCAAUCGCCUCUACUCGACAAUGGAGAGUGAGAAUACAGAACAACUUCAACACAAUCCAGCAUAUGAAUCUAUUUUGUGACAUGAUGCAGUUUCUGCUUUUGAUAUUUAGAGUUUCUUGUGAGUGAGUCGCUCUUUGUAAUGUAGCUUACGUAAUUUUUUGUCUUGGAUGAUGAAAACGUUUUUAAACAAUUAAGGAUAGAUAUACAUAUAUGUGUAUGGUUUUGUAAGCUUGUGACAGAGCAUGUGCGCUUUUACUUGUCAAUAGGUCCGCUGUUCUAUGCAUUUUUAAUAUCUUGGCUACAUUUUGCAUUACUGUGGUUAGCAAACAUUGUAUCUCCAUGGAUCUUUGAACGU